AUGAUCGAGAAAAAUAUCGCUCAUACGGAUCGUGAUGCUAUCACUGUUAUCACUCCUACUGAUAAUAUGACAGAAUUGUGUCUGGAAUCAAUCAAAAAAAAUCAGGAAAAUACUACUGAAAACGUUACAGUUUGCAUUCAUGAUGUCGAAACAUAUGAUAAUUUUAACAAUCAUACCAUUCCAUUUUAUAUCACAAACGAAAAACAAUCAGUACAACAACGAAAUAACUCGAAAUUAAAUUUGAAAUGUAAUCAAAAAGUAUCGGAUGAUAAAAAAGAUCAAUCAAUACCACAUAAUUUGGCAUCAAAUUACGGAGAAAAGGAUAAUCAAAAAAGCACCGAAAAUUUUUUGAUAUUACCUAAACGUCAUACCAAACUUACAUCAAUAUCAUCAUCAGAUUCUACCGAAGCUACAUCACCUUUAACACCAUCUACACCAAUCUCGAUAUCAUUCCAAUAUCCUGAUCUAAAAAAACAGGAAGCUGCUUAUGAUGCUCUCAUUUCUGGAAAUACCGAAAAGGUCGUUUCGGAAAAUUUGUAUGAGAAUCAGGAAGAAGCUAUCAUUGUUAACUCAAUGCAAGCUGGUACAAAUAAUUUUGAAAUGAAGUUUACCGAUUAUGACGAUCAGAUGGAAAUUCAACAAGCAUUAAAACAAUUGGAUGAUGCAUUGGAUGAGCAAAUUUUCAUUGAAACUUCUCAAACAUUGAAUCCCGAAAAAUCGAAUAUGAUGAUAUUUGAUGAGGGGAGUGAAUGUACGAGAUCAAUUGAUAGUAAGAAAUCAGUGAAACAAUUAGUUGAAAUGCUUGAUUCAAAGCAAUUACAAUUUAACAAAUGUAAUAUGCUGCCAAAAUUACAUCCAACUCUAAUCAAUCAGGAUUGUAAUUUUACACCAGAUAGCAAAAGUAAUACGAAAACAAAAAAAACUUCAUUGUAUAUAUCGGAUCCGGAAACAUCAUCAAAACCAUCUCUCAUUGGUGUUAACAUUUUUGGUCUUAACAAUGGCAAAUCAAUAGCGGAAAUUAUUGCUGAAAAAAGAAAUCAUAAAAAUCAUUCAAUUCAUAAACCAUCACCAACAUCACCAAAACCUUUCCUAAAAAAACCACUUCCAAUUCCGAAAUUAAAUAAUUCAAAUGAGGACGAACAACAGAAAUUACUUCGCCAAUCAUCAUUAACUCAAACAAUUCACUCAUCUGAACAACUAAUAUUUGAUAAUCGAAAAGAAAAUAUGAUUUUUACAACGGAUAAAAAGCCAAAAAUUCAAACAAAACUUCAAAAAAUAUCAAAUUCUGAAAUGCUAUCAACAAUUAUUAAAGUUGAUGAUUCAGAAUCCUCUAUUAAUUUCCAAUCAACACUAACUAAUACGGCUAAUUCUUUUUCUGUACCAUCAACAAUAAUUGAUAAUGCUAUCGGGAAGGAUUUAAAUCAACAAUGUUUACCGAAAAUACAGCAUAUAGCACGAAAUCAUAUUUAUGAAAAUUUAAAUCAAAAUGAUAAUGAGAAAUAUUUGGAAACAUCAUUUGAUGGACCAGUUGCAAUGACAGUGAUAAGUGAAAGUAAAAAUGGUACAACGAAAAAUUUGGCAUAUAUUUGUGAUAAUGAUAAUGUGAUAUCAGUGAGAAAAGAUGCUUCACACAUUUCUCAUCAACAACAACAACAACAACAGGAAGAUUCUGUUACUGAUAAGGGGAAACAUUUUGUUGAUAAUAUUCCAACCAUUAUUUCUAUUUCGUCAAAUGAUGCAUGUAAUUAUGCUCAUAAUGUAAAAUGGCGAAAUGAUUCUAUGAAACGAGCAAAUUUUGAUGUACCAUUGGAAAAUGAACGAAAUUCUGAACCGAUAUCACCACAACAGACGUGUUUUAAACGGAAUAGUUACGGUUCCGUUUCGGAUAAGCGAAUAAUGCAACGUAGCACGUCACUGUAUUACACUUCAAGUAACAAUGAAUCGAGUGAUAUUGUAAUGAAUUAUGAUUCUGAUAAUGUUCGACAACAUUCCUCAAUCAUUAAUCGAUCAUCCUCAUUGUCUAUUCCGGAAACAGCAAGAAUUCCGGUUCGACCGGUACCGGCACCACGGCAAAAUGAUUGCAUGAAAGGGAUGACAAUAACUGUUGAUAUGCCACAGAUUGAAAAUACAAAUUUUCGAAAAGAAUUGAAACGACCAGUACCGAUACCGCGACAAAGCAAACUUAAGAUAGCAUUAAAUGAUGAUUUGUUGAAAAAAGGUUCAUUUUCUGUGACAAAAAUACAACACGGUAUCGUUAAUUGUCCGGAAUCAAUGAUAACAAUCGCAAAAACAGUGAAAAAAGUUAGUGAGGAAGAGAGUGAUAGAAGCGAAUGGAUGUUACGUUUGUAA